UUGGAGAAGCAGAAUUCACUAAUAAGAGGUAAGCUUCGUGAAUAUGGACUUUAGCAUCAAUAUCCUUAACUUUUUGUUUAAAAUUAUAGCAAGGGAAAGUAAGAUUUCUCAAGAUAGUAAGAAAAAUCUUCAACGGGCGUUUGGAGCUGAAGGUCGUAUUAAAGAUCUAAAUAGUCAAAUACGAUCUUUAAAAUAUCAGAUAAAUAGUCAUAAUUGUAAUUAUGUAUUAAAUAAAAUAAAUUAUAAAAAAUAAAUAAUAUUUAAUUAAUUUACAAUAAAAAAAAAAAAAAUUUUUUUUUUUAUUAAUAUAAAUUA